AACUGUAUUUUCAACAAGAAGUACGACAGCACCUCACUCCGUGUGUUUUAUGAAGGAAGCCUACGUCCUUAUGGCAAUAAUAUUUGCAAUCGAUGGUAUUUUACAUUUGAUGGCGCAGAAUGUAUAAAACCAUCGACUAUUGAAGGAGUUUUUUACAUUGCAUCCGAUAAAAUCAACCCCCAUCAUUACCGCCAUAUUGAAGGUUACUGUAACCAGCUUCCUAAAGGUCAUGUACGUGUGGGGUUCUGGAUAGGCAAGUGUCAGGGUUAUAGUCUCGGAGAUGGUUAUACUGGUUGGAAUUCCGUGUCUCGUAUUGUGAUUGAAGAAGUACCACCACCUCAAGAGUAA